AGAUGUCACCAGCCUACAACCACUAAUUCAACUGCUCCCCAGCGGCGCCUGCCAGCAGGGCUUCGUUCAGCUAGGCGCUUCUAUCAUUCUCAGCUGCUCGGACAGUCGUAUUGCUCAAACACUGAUCAGCGCACCUGAAGCUAUGGCACUUUCACACUUCCUAUACACGCUCUGCCUCAUCUGCAUCAUUGCUGCCAGUGUCGGCUACGUCACACGCGCAUACUGGUCUCCUUACUUGCCAAUUGCGUUGCGUGCACGUUUGGAGCGCUACAUGGCGCUCCCGACGUUUGAAGACGACAUUGAGCGUGGCUUGACAUCUGAUGAUUUCGACCUGCAUGGCAACGUCGAAGCCGGAGAUGAUAGGCAUGGCCUGGAUGCAACAUCACGCAAGGAAGUGAUGCACAUUAUGAAGAAGAGAAAGUGCAACUUUGAUCAGGCGCGUCUUAUCAUGCUUCAAGACAAGAUGCGCAAGGCCGGUAUCGAUCCACAGACGGGUCUUCCAAUCGAUAGCAAAUUUGUCUCCUUCAGCUAG